UAAAGUUUGAGUCUUUGUCUUAAGUUCUAAUUAAGCUUUGUCUUUUGAGUGUGUUUUUCUCUCUAAUCAAAAAAACCCUGUUCUAACUCUAACCCAAAUAUCACUAAGAUGGGAAAAUUCAGUACUUUAGUUUCCCAAGCUCAUUCACUUGCUGGGCCAAGUUUGUCAUUGAUUUAUCCCUUGUAUGCAUCGGUUUUAGCAUUGGAGAGUACAUCAAAACUAGAUGAUGAACAAUGGCUUGCUUAUUGGAUUUUAUACUCUUUUCUCACUCUUGUUGAAAUGGUCAUGCAACCUGCUUUAGAGUUUAUACCUAUUUGGUAUGAUGUGAAGUUGUUAUUUGUGGGUUGGUUGGUUCUUCCCCAAUUCAAAGGAGCAGCUUUCUUGUAUGAGAGAUUUGUAAGAGAACAACUCAAGAAGUAUAGAGGCACAUCAUCAUCUUCAUCAUCAUCAUCACAAACUCACAAGGGUAAAACUGCAAAGUUUGUGGAUUUCAUAAUCCCAAGUAAAGGAGAGCAUGAGACUCAUUAAAGAAAGGGAAGCAAAAGUGCAUAUAAUCUUGCCAUUGAAGUCUUUCAUUCCACUACACUUAACUUUACUUUCUUUGUUUUUAUUUUUUUUAGGUUUGUGUUAAUUAAGUUGUCGGUUGUACUAAAUCUUUAAUCUUUGUACAAGUUAUUACUCCUUAUUAUAAGGCUUUUGUUUUGUGACC